AUGCUGAAGCUGAAACAAAAGCCAGCAGAGGUUGCGGAUGUGAAAGGUGUGGACCCAAAGGCAAAAGAGGGUGCGGUGGUGAUGCGAUGGUGGAUUAGGAAUGAUAGUUGUGGACUUGUGUAUUAUCACCCUCACCAAAUCUACCUAGAUGCCAUCCAAGUAACCCCUGAUAUCCGUGGCGAAAUACGCCAUUAUUCAGGACGGACAUUCCACAAUAAACCAUUCAGAUUAUGGAGCAAGAACAAGAAACAAAUUGCAAGUUUCAACACCACUUUUGUUCUUAACAUCAAUCCUCAAACUUCCCCUGGUGGAGAGGGCUUGGCCUUCAUCUUAACCGCAAACACCGCUCUCCCGGACGACAGUUCGGGAGAGUGGCUGGGAAUUGUGAACGCCACAACUAAUGGAACUUCUCAAGCUGGGGUUCUUGCUGUGGAAUUUGACACAAGAAAAAGUUUUGCAGAAGAUGGCCCUGAUAACCACGUUGGUAUUAACAUAAACAGUGUCUACUCCAUCAAACAGGAACCAUUGUUAAUCAAAGGGAUUAAUAUUUCAUCAGGUAUUAAUGUAACUAUAACAAUUCAGUAUGAUAAUGAUGUUAUAUCCGUGUUUGGUUCCAUGAGUACAAGAACUUCGCCAAUGGAGACGCUUUUGGUAUCUCCACCACUUAAUCUUUCUUCCUAUCUUCAGGAAGAGGUUUACGUCGGAUUCUCUGCUUCAACGAGUAACUACACUGAGUUGAAUUGUGUUAGAGCAUGGGAGUUCAGCGGUGUAGAUAUCAUUCAUGAUGACAAGAACCUGUUGUGGAUUUGGAUAACUGGUACAACCGUUAUUGUUAUUAUGAUUGGUGGUGUUGUGUUUCUCCUAAAUUGGCGAAGGAAUCAUGGUGUGGGAGCUUCAGGAGAUGCAUACCCGAGGAUAGAGGAUCAGAUUCAACAUUCAUCCAUGGCUCCAAAGAAGUUCCGGUUAAAGGAAAUUAGAAAAGCAACGGGCGGAUUCAGCCUUCAAAACAAGCUUGGUGAAGGUGGUUUUGGAACAGUUUAUAAAGGGCUACUCGAAAACAAGGAGAUAGCUGUAAAGAGUCACUCGAAGCAUUCGCGCCAAGGGAAGCAAGAAUUCAUAGCCGAAGUCACAACAAUCGGAAGCCUCCACCACAAGAAUUUGGUCAAACUUAUUGGUUGGUGCUAUGAAAAAGGAGAGCUCCUUCUUAUUUAUGAUUACAUGCCUAAUGGAAGCCUAGACAAGUACCUAUUCGAUAAGAAAAACAAUUUUGGCAAUGAAUUUGGGGAAGGAUUUAACAAUUCAUCAACACUAAAUUGGGAAACUAGGCAGAGAGUGAUAUAUGGUGUGGCUCAAGCAUUGGACUAUCUCCACAAUGGUUGUGAGAAAAGGGUGAUUCAUAGGGACAUCAAGGCCAGCAACAUAAUGUUAGAUUCGGAAUUCAAUGCCAAGUUAGGAGAUUUCGGAUUGGCGCGAACCAUUCAGAAGAGAAAUGAAACUCACCAUUCCACAAAGGAGAUUGCAGGGACGCCAGGGUACAUGUCCCCGGAAACAUUCCUCACCGGAAGGGCGACGGUGGAAACCGAUGUGUACGCGUUCGGCGUUCUUGUGUUGGAAGUAGUGUGCGGAAGAAGGCCAGGGAAUGUGAACGGACAGGAUGAUUACAAGAACAGCAUUGUGUAUUGGGUUUGGGAGCUUCACGGAGAGGGGAGAAUAGUGAGUGCUGUGGACAAAAAGAUAAGUAAAGAAGAGAUGAAGGAUGAAGAAGCUUCUAGAGUUCUUGUUUUGGGGUUGGCUUGUUGCCAUCCAAACCCGCACCAUAGGCCUUCAAUGAGAACUGUUCUGCAAGUUCUGAACGGGGAAGCACCGCCGCCAGUGGUUCCUCAACAAAGGCCUGCUUUUGUGUGGCCUGCUGUGCCUCCAUCUUUCAAUAAAGGUGAAGAUACUUAUUCAGUCCUCAAUGGACAAGUCACUCCCAUAUUCACUGAUAUCACUGGUAGGUGAUCCAACAUUCAGACCAUCAUUUUAAUCAACCCUGGAAAUUAAGAUGAUCAUACUUCAUUAAUGCCUCUUGCAUUGCAGUUACUGAUGAUUAUUUUAUGUAUCUUUGUUGAGUUUAUUACCAUAUAAUUGGUAGCUAAUUGUGUACUAUAUACGCUAUAUAAUAUA